AUGUUUAAGCUGAAGCAUACAAAAAAACAGACGAUAAUAGCGUCAAUCUUUGUUUUUAUUUUGAUUUUGAUUUGGAGACAGUAUUAUGUCAUCCCCGGUCUCGACUUGUUCAAACACUUUUUUGAUGACACUCGAACCCACAGCUAUAAAUACCUCAUCAGUGAAUCGGAGAUUUGUAAACCUUUUCCAGAAAAAAUAUUUCUAUUAAUAGCAGUUCCUUCAAGAACGUCUGAGUUUGAAGAAAGAAAGGCUAUAAGACAGACAUGGGGGUCGUUAGCUGUGAAUAAUACAGAAAUACGUUUGGUUUUUAUGCUUGGAUAUCGUGCAGAGAUCAACCAUCAUGAUUUAAAGACUGAAAGUGAAAACUACCACGAUAUUAUUCAAGAGGAUUUUUACGAUAGUUACCAUAAUCUCAGUAUUAAAUCUGAAGCCAUUCUUCGUUUCGCCAGCACAUUUUGUCCAGGUGUAAAAUAUAUACUAAAAGUUGAUGUGGAUGUCUUUAUAAACCUACCCGCCUUGAUCGAGGAUUUACGUAAACAUGACGGGAGAAAUAUGAUUAUGGGACACGACCUUCUGUUCACGAAGCCCAAUCGAAACCCAAAGUCAAAGUGGUACGUGGACGAUAUUACUUAUCCAUUAGAGCGUUAUCCAAAUUAUGUAUCUGGACCGGCCUAUGUUUUAUCCGGAGAUAUAACAAGCAAAUUACUCAGUGUCGCUCUAAAGACAAAAUACAAUUAUCUAGAAGAUGUUUUUAUUAAUGGUAUAGUAAGGGAACGUGCUGCAGUUAAAUUUGUUCACCAUCGAGGAUUCCAUUCAGGGGUCGCUGCCUGGGAUCCAUUUGUUGAUAUUUGUUGGUUUGAAAAUCACAUUUCUGGACAUCCCUAUACAAAAGAACAAAUAAUACACAUGUGGUCAGAAAAAAUUCAAAACAAAAUCUGCACAUGGUUAAUAAAAGUGUUUUAUAAGUUGCAUGAUCUUUUAAGGUGAUGGUGAUGGCGAUUCAUUGGAUCAUGUGCUUUGCAUAACCCCCAUUUUGUCGUCAUUUGCAUUCGGAAAAUAUCUAAUAUUUUACAGAUCAAUCGAUCAAUACUGAAAUUAAUUAACGUUUAGUCGAGAUAAGAAAACACUAGAUGAUCCCCAGGCUGGAAUUCAAGGAUUAAAAAGUAAAGAUUACAGGUGGCGCUGGUUUGUUUUGACUAUAUCGCGAUAUAUCGUCUACAUGAGAUACCGAAUACUGAUAAAAAACUGAGCCAUUUUCGGACUCUUAUGUUCCUUUAGGACAACCAACUUUCACAGUAUUGUGGUUUUUAAAGAUGUGUUUUAUAAGAUUAAGAUAAAGAACUGGCAGUUCUUGUUAAAAUAGUUAAAAACGAGAUAAUGAAAACUGCAAUCAUAUUGCUUCUUUCUUUGGGGUUGGGUGGCUGAAUGGUUAGCACGCGCGUGCUGUAUCAUAAAGUCUGCCAUUGAGUCAACUGGCGUGGUUUCGAAUCCCCGGUUGUACAUGACAAGGAGUAGGGUCGCCUGUCCAACCUCGUGGGUUUUCUUCGGGUCCUCCGGUUUCCUCCCACUGCUAAAGACCCUUACGCGCAAGCGAAUUAUGGAAAUAAAAUUGAACCAUAUGUUAGUCCCGAAAUGACCUAGUUUGUGUCGUUAAACCCCAUUUUUCCCCCUCUCUCUUUCUGGGCGACGUUAGGACUGUUUGCAGAACA